AUGAAGAUUUUCAAGACCUUGGGACUUCUAGCUGCAGUUGCUGCUGAAAGUUAUACAGUGACUGAGGAAGUAACAUUCGUCAUUUACAACCGCUGGAGAAAAGUGGGCGAUAUCAAAAUUGGUCUCUUUGGCGAGGUAGUCCCGAAAACGGCCAAGAACUUUUGCAAACUCGCUUCAGGGUCAGCAAGAGUCGGAAAAUACGCAGGAUCCAAGUUCCACCGAGUGAUCGAGAAUUUCAUGAUCCAAGGCGGCGAUUUUACCCGACACAACGGACAAGGAGGCUACUCCAUUUACGGGCGCACUUUUCCCGAUGAGAGCUUCGCCAUUCCUCACAGCACUGGAGUCGUUUCGAUGGCCAACAGAGGCCCAGAUACAAAUUCGUCCCAGUUUUUCAUCACUACUGUGAAAACAUCCUGGCUGGAUGGUAAACAUGUUGUUUUCGGAAAAGUUGUCGACGGCUGGGAUGUCGUGAAGACAGUGGAGCGCUAUGGAAAAUACGACACCUUCAGAAUCGAAAGAGCAAGUUGCCGAGAAAUUUUCAACGAAGAUCAAUACGAAAUCGAUAUAAACGGCGAAGAGUAA